AUGGAUUCUCAACUACCCUCUCGCAUCCUCGUCAUCUCAGACACUCAUGGCGUCAACCUUGCUAGCGGCCACCGCGAGUCUGUGGACCUCAUCAUUCACUGCGGCGAUUUCACCCAAGAAUCCAAUCUCGACGAAUUCAAACAAGCCAUAUCUCUACUCAAAUCCCUCGUUGCGCCGCUAAGGCUCGUGAUUGCCGGUAACCAUGACUUUACACUCGACACGCCAGUCUUUGCGCAGAAGCUGAUCGAGGCAAAUCUACAGCCACCUCAUAAAGAUAAAGCAGUAAAGCAAGCGUACGGCGAUUUCGGCGAAGCUAGAUCAUUACUGGACGCUCAACGCGAUGCUGGGAUUAUAUUCUUGGAUGAGGGCACUCACGAAAUCAAGCUCAGCAAUGGUGCUUUGUUGAGAAUUUAUGCAAGUCCAUAUAUCCCCUCGAAAGCUGGUAGCUGGGGUUUCUGUUACGAUCCUACUGAAGGUCAUGAUUGGAAGAUUGGCAAGGACAUCGAUAUUGUGAUUACCCACGGUCCUCCAAAGGGAAUACUUGACUAUAAACACAACAAACAACGCGUUGGAUGUAGCGAUCUCUUUGGCGCAAUAGCCAAAGCUCGUCCACUUAUGCAUUGCUUUGGACAUAUACACGAAGCCUGGGGUGCAAAAAAGGUUACCUGGCAAGACACCGAGUGCAGUGACCUUCCAUCACACUUUACGGACAUGGACAACGAUAACUCGGAGCUCAUCGAGAGCCUGGUCACCCUGAGACCUGGUAAAUUUGACUCGCCAGCAGGAAAGAAGCUCAAGGAGGAAAAAUUGAGAAAGUUAGUGCAGACUGGCUAUUGUUAUACUGCUCCAACUCUGCAGAGAGGCAUGCACACGCUCUUUGUCAAUGCUGCUAUUGAGGGAGCAGAGACCGAAACGCAGCAAUCACCCUGGUUGGUGGAGCUCGACCUUUCUAGGAACCAGGAAAACGAUAACAAUAUGAAUGCUUCAGAAACGACAGAAACUACGAUGUAG